AGUUGCCGGUAGUGUUGUACGUUCAUCGUCAGUGAUCCUUGCCGACCGUCGUCUAAUUAUAGAAAAAUCCACCCUCACGGUUUCAAUUAAUAAAAAAACCGCAUCAAAUUGUAAAAUCACGCUCCCAAUUCGCACUGAGAAAAAUCGUCGUUUUUCCCCCGUCGUUCUACAUACAUCCCGACUCCGCUCAAAUCCAAUUUGCCAGUGGUUAAAUGGCUGAAUCGUGGCAGGGUCCGCCGAAACAGGGCUUGUACGACCCUCAACACGAGAAGGAGGCGUGCGGCGUCGGUUUCAUUGUUGCCAUCGACGGUAAGAGGUGCCACAAGAUCGUUCGCGAUGCCCAGCGUCUCGCCAUUUCUAUGAACCAUCGUGGUGCUUGCGCCUGUGACAACGACACCGGUGACGGAGCCGGAGUUCUCACCGCCAUACCACACGACUUCUACUAUGCCAAGCUCAAGGAAGAACAAAAUAUCGAGUUGCCAGCAUUCGGCGAGUAUGCAACUGGCAUCUUCUUCUUGGACAAGCUCCACCACCAGGAGUCCGAAACAAAAUUCACUGCCCUGGCGGAGGAACUGGACAUGUCCGUGCUGGCUUGGCGUACCGUACCAACCAACAAUUCCGCCAUAGGCACCGUGGCGAAGAAUUCCGAGCCGUUCAUGAGACAGGUUUUCGUUACGCUGAAGACUAAAAUCCCGGAGGAGGAACUGGAUAAGCGAUUCUUCAUCUUGCGCAAACGCGCCAGUCACACCAUCCCGUCGCCCGGCAAGAGGUUCUACAUUUGUUCCUUGAGCAGAAGGACGGUGGUGUACAAGGGUCAGCUGACCUCCGACCAGUUGUGGAGCUACUUCCCGGAUCUCGCCGAUCCCAGCUACGACACCUACUUGGCUUUAGUCCACACCAGGUUCUCGACCAACACCUUCCCCAGCUGGGAGAGGGCGCACCCUCUUAGAAUGUUAGCCCACAACGGUGAAAUCAACACACUGAGGGGCAACGUGAACUUCAUGAAGGCCAGGGAGGGUGUAAUGAAGAACGAUAAAUUCGGAGACACGCUCAAAUCGUUGUACCCGGUGGUCGAGCCCAAUUUGUCUGACAGUGGGUCGGCUGACUGCGUCCUCGAGUUUUUGGUGCACGCCGGUAACAGAGAUUUGCCGGAAGCUGUUAUGACAAUGGUGCCGGAAGCGUGGCAAAACGACCCCACUAUGUCUGAGGAGAAGCGUGAUUAUUAUCAUUGGGCUGCCUGCACCAUGGAACCCUGGGAUGGCCCUGCUCUUAUCUCCUUCACUGAUGGUAGAUUUAUUGGUGCUAUUUUGGACAGGAACGGGCUGCGUCCAUCCAGGUUUUACAUUACAAGCGACAACAUCAUGGUUAUGGCCAGCGAGGUUGGAGUAUACGACGUAGAUCCGGCCAAAGUAACUCUUAAGAGUCGACUUAAGCCAGGUCGGAUGUUGUUGGUGGACACACAAGAGAAGGCCGUUAUCCAAGACAUCGAACUCAAAUCGAAGAUUGCCCAGUCUCGUCCCCAUUCCGAAUGGCUCAAACAACAGAUUACCAUGGAAGAAUUAAGAAAAGCUCACUUGGACGCCGGAAGACCACAGAAACCGAAAUAUGAAUCAAGCGGUUUAGGCGACAAGAGAUUACCUCUUUACGGAUACUCCACCGAAACCAUCCACAUGUUGCUUUUGCCAAUGGUCAACAACAAAAAAGAAGCUUUGGGAAGCAUGGGCAACGACGUUCCACUAGCUUGUCUCUCAAACUUCUCUCCAAUCCCUUACGAAUACUUCAAACAACUCUUCGCUCAAGUCACCAAUCCUCCCAUCGAUCCAUUCCGUGAGAAAGUCGUCAUGUCCCUCCACUGUCCGAUCGGACCGGAAGAUAACAUCCUUCAACCAAGCCCGAAACAAGUACACAGGCUCUGGCUUAAGAAUCCCGUCAUUUCCAUCGCCGAUUUGGACGUCCUCAAGCAAAUCAACCACCGCGACUGGAGCGCUCACGUCAUUGAUAUUACCUACCCCGCCAGCGAAGGUGUAACCGGUUACAUCAACAAGUUGAAAUCUAUAUGCGAGGAAGCUGACGAAGCCAGCAAGAAAAAUCAAAUCAUCAUCUUGUCUGACAGACAGGCUGGAAGCGAUAGAAUUCCCUUGAGCAGCUUACUUGCUUUAGGUGCAACUCAUCAUCAUUUAAUCGAGACACGUUCGCGUAUGAGGGUCGCGUUAAUUGCCGAAACCGCAGAAGCCAGAGAAGUUCAUCAUAUCUGCGUACUUUUGGGUUAUGGUGCAGACGCCAUUUGCCCUUACCUGGCUCUGGAAUUGGCUUCUAGUUUGAGAGAUCAGGGCAUUCUUGACACCAAUUUAACUGACGAAGUUAUUUUCCAGAACUAUGCUCAAGCUAUGCAAACAGGUGUCAGUAAAGUGAUGGCCAAGAUGGGUAUUUCAACUUUGCAAUCUUACAAGGGGGCGCAAAUCUUUGAAGCAGUAGGUUUGGCGGAAGAUGUUAUCGAUAAGUGCUUUAAGGGAACACCAUCAAGACUUGGAGGUGUUAACUUAGAAAUGCUGGCUGCUGAAGCUAUAGAGCGUCACAAGAACGCCUACCGUCUAGACGCCGACACCUUGAUUCUCAGAGACAAUGGCUACUAUCACUGGCGUGCCGGUGGUGAAAAGCACUUGAACGAACCAGCCAGCAUUGCUGCCCUUCAAGAAUCAGCAGUUAACAAGAACAAGGGAGCAUAUGAGAAGUUCAGGGAGUCGACUAUGGAAUCUGUAAGAAAUACCAUGUUGAGAGGUCGCUUCGACUUGAGAAAAUUAGACCAGCCUUUGUCUUUGGACGAAGUUGAACCUGCCUCUGAGAUCGUCAAGAGAUUUGCCACUGGAGCUAUGAGUUUUGGAUCCAUCAGCUUGGAAGCUCAUCAAACUUUGGCACAAGCAAUGAACAGGGUUGGAGGUAAGAGUAAUACUGGUGAAGGUGGUGAAGACGAAGAUAGAUACUUGGACAGUGACAGAAGGUCUGCAAUUAAACAAGUUGCUUCUGGACGUUUCGGCGUAACUUCAUCGUACUUGGCUCAUGCUGAUGAUUUACAAAUUAAAAUGGCUCAAGGUGCUAAACCAGGUGAAGGAGGAGAACUUCCAGGAUAUAAGGUGUCCCCGGAAAUUGCAAAGACACGCCACUCCGUGGCCGGUGUGGGCUUGAUCUCGCCACCACCACAUCACGACAUCUAUUCCAUCGAGGACUUGGCCGAGUUAAUAUACGAUUUAAAAUGUGCCAAUCCGAAAGCCCGCAUCUCAGUAAAAUUAGUUUCAGAGGUCGGUGUCGGAGUUGUCGCAUCUGGCGUCGCCAAGGGCAAAGCUGAACACAUUGUCGUGUCCGGACACGACGGCGGUACCGGAGCCAGUUCUUGGACCGGCAUCAAGAGCGCCGGUCUCCCUUGGGAGUUGGGCAUUGCUGAGACCCAUCAAGUUUUAACGUUGAAUAACUUGAGGUCCAGAAUUGUCCUACAAGCUGAUGGACAAAUACGAACUGGUUUUGAUGUGGUUGUGGCUGCUAUAUUGGGCGCUGAUGAAAUUGGAUUCAGUACUGCUCCAUUGAUCGUCAUGGGAUGUACAAUGAUGAGAAAAUGUCACUUGAAUACGUGUCCAGUGGGUAUUGCUACACAAGAUCCGCUCUUGCGUAAAAAGUUCACGGGACAACCAGAACACGUCAUCAACUACAUGUUCAUGUUGGCAGAAGAAGUCAGAACUCAUAUGGCUAAUCUUGGUGUGAGGAGUUACCAAGAACUAAUCGGUCGCACGGACCUUCUAAAAGUCAUUGAAACUGGCACUCAAAAAGCUAAAUCCUUAAAUUUGAAUUUAAUUCUACAAAACGCUUUGCACAUGCGACCUGGUGUCAACAUUGUUGGAGGAUCUGAAACCCAAGACUUCCAACUGGAUCAAAGGUUGGACAACGCUUUAAUUGAAAAAGCACAACCUGUAAUUGAUGGUACAGUGGACACCGUAGAUAUCGACAUGAAGAUCCACAACGAAUGCAGAGCAUUUGGAUCCACACUGAGUUACCAUAUAUCAUGCAAAUACAACGAGGAAGGUUUACCAGACAAAAACCGUAUCAAUAUCAGACUCACAGGUUCUGCUGGCCAGAGCUUCUGCGCCUUCCUGGCUAAAGGAGUACAUGUGACUUUGGAGGGCGAUGCAAACGAUUAUGUCGGCAAAGGUUUGUCUGGCGGCCAAAUUGUGAUCUACCCACCAAAAUCUUCACCGUUCGAGUCGCACUUGAACGUAAUUGUGGGAAAUGUGUGUCUUUAUGGCGCAACCUCUGGAAGAGCUUACAUGAGGGGUAUUGCAUCAGAACGUUUCGCAGUAAGAAACUCCGGAGCCGUAGCCGUUGUCGAAGGUGUUGGUGACCAUGGCUGUGAAUACAUGACGGGUGGUGUUGUGCUAAUUUUAGGUUUAACUGGUCGCAAUUUCGCAGCGGGUAUGUCAGGAGGUAUCGCAUACGUUUGGGACAUUGACGGAAAGUUCUCCACCAAAUGCAACCCGGAAAUGGUCGAACUGUGCAAAUUGGAAGACAAAGAGGACGUACAAUUGGUUAAGACUCUUCUUAAAGAGUUCCAUGACUACACAGGUAGCGUGAUUGCAGAACAACUCUUGAAAGACUUCGACGAGAAAAUGAAAGAGUUCGUGAAGGUGUUCCCAUACGAAUAUCAAAGAGCUUUGAAACAGAAAGCCGUCGAGCAGCAACCGGUUGUCACCAACAAUGAACCGAAAAUCCAGGACAUUGAAGACACAGUGGGUGAUUUGGCGUUGGAGCAGAAAAAGGCGGAGAGAGCAUUAGAUAAGACCAGAGGUUUUAUGAAAUACCCAAGAGAAACCGCAAUGUAUAGACCAGCCGACAAACGAAUGAAGGAUUGGGAUGAAAUUUACAACUUCACCCACGUCCGCAAAGGCUUAAGAGUUCAAGCAGCUCGUUGUAUGGAAUGCGGUGUUCCAUUCUGUCAAUCCAACUCCCAUGGUUGUCCUUUGGGUAAUAUCAUUCCCAAGUGGAACUUGCUGGUCUUCCAAAACCAAUGGAGACAAGCCUUGAAUCAACUACUUCAAACCAACAACUUCCCAGAGUUCACCGGCAGGGUGUGUCCAGCUCCUUGCGAAGCUGCUUGCGUUUUGGGCAUCUCCGAGCCGAGCGUUACCAUUAAAAACAUCGAGUGUUCCAUCAUUGAUCACGCAUGGGAGAACGGAUGGAUCAUCCCACAAAUUCCUCCAGUCAGAACCGGCAAACGUGUGGCCAUUGUUGGAUCUGGACCGGCUGGAUUAGCUUGUGCCAACCAACUGAACAAGGCUGGCCACAACGUCGUUGUUUUCGAACGAAACGACAGGAUUGGUGGACUUCUGCAAUACGGCAUCCCCACAAUGAAACUCAGCAAAGCUGUCGUACAAAGACGCGUGGACCUUUUGGCUGCCGAAGGCAUUGAAUUCAAGACCAACGUUAACGUCGGCAAGGAUAUCUCCGCCAAAGAACUCAGUGAAGAGUAUGAUGCAGUUGUUCUUUGCACCGGAGCCACCUGGCCCCGUGAUUUGCCGUUGCCCGGCCGUCAAUUGGGCGGCAUCCACUUCGCAAUGGAAUUCUUGGAGAGUUGGCAGAAGAAACAACUUGGGGGAAGUCACGAUGGUCCGCAUGCCAAAGAUAAAAAUGUGAUAAUUAUAGGUGGUGGUGACACAGGCUGUGAUUGUAUCGCUACUUCGUUAAGGCAAGGUGCUUCCACCAUAACCACUUUCGAGAUCCUACCGGAACCCGGUACUAAACGUGCUCAAGAUAAUCCAUGGCCGCAGUGGCCUAGGAUUUUCCGUGUUGAUUACGGACACGAAGAAGUCAAAGUUCGUUAUGGUGCAGACCCGAGGGUAUUCAGUAUUAUGACCCAGGAGUUCCUAGAUGACGGCAAAGGUCACGUUAGCGGUGUUAAAACGGUUAACGUGGAAUGGAAGAAGGAUGAUGCUGGUAGAUGGCAAAUGAGCCAAGUACCCGGCUCCGAAAAAGUAUUCCCGGCUGAUUUGGUUCUGUUGGCUAUGGGUUUCUUGGGUCCAGAACGUGCGAUUGGUGAUCAACUGGAACUGAAACUCGACGCUAGAUCUAACUUCAACACCACUGACUACCAGACCAAUUUACCAAACGUAUUCGCCGCCGGAGACUGCCGACGUGGACAGUCCCUUGUGGUUUGGGCAAUUUCCGAAGGUCGCCAGGCAGCAAGAAAAGUGGAUGAAUUUUUGAACAAAGGAACCACAACUUUGCCAGGCCCUGGUGGAAUAAUCCAGCCAUCCUUGCAACCAGUUCCAUGUCCAGUUUAAAUGAGUACCUCAGCAAAGUCCAUUGAAAGAUAUCAUGAAGCUAAUGAUUGUUGUGUUGCAGAUAUAUAAGAAAAUUUAUUAUUAUAUGUUGAUUAUUAACUAAGAAUCUUGGAGUAUAUUUCGCAACAUAUCCAUCCUAGAUAUUGUUUUCAUAGUUACGUAAAUACAUGAUUUCAGAUGUCAAGCUGAUAUGUAGCCUUAGUUAAAAAGACAAUAAAUUAUUUCGAAUGUGAUUUUUAAGAGAUAGAAAGUCUUAGAUUUUUUGGAGGUCAUUUUCUAGAUGAGCGUCAAAAACAUUAUAUUUUUGAAUUAUACUCAUGCGGUUUGUCAAAAUAUAAUAGGAGAGUUAAGGUGUUUUGGAAUAUUAAUUUCAAUUUUCAAUAAUUUUCAGUACUUAAGAUUAUGCAAAUCUUUGUUUUUUGUUGUAUAUGUUUAUAAUUUUCAUAGCAAUUACUUUUAUUGUUAUUUUUAUACAGCUAAUCUGAUAUUUUGUUAUGUCUGUUUUAAGACUAUUUUUGCUAUAUUUAAAUCAUAAAAUGUUAAAGUAUUUAAUGUUACACGAUUGUUCCAGUCGUUCUGUAGUCAAUAUUAUUCAAUAAAUAGAUGUUGUUACAGCA